UGCCUGGGCGACGGCGGGCGCGUCGGAACUAGGGCAGCGGCUGCUCGGAGGCGCCGCGCAGUGGACCUGGCGGGCGGAGAGCAUGCGGAGCUGGUGCCUGUGUCAGAUCUGCACCUGCGGGCGACAUCGCUGUCCACAUGGAACCACGAGGAUUUAUGAAAACUCUGGCGCGUUUUGCCCAACGACGGAAUAUUUGGAAAACUACCCCACGUAUGGCAACGUCCCUCCGGCCCAGAGUCUCAAGCCCAAGCCAGAAGCCCGGGCGCACCGCGGCCAAAUGGAAGGAAUAACGACCUUUAAGUCGGAUUACCGCCCCCAUGACAUAGUCCCCCCGCCUCGCCACCUACCAGAAGAAUACAAACCCAAAUCGGGGGACAUUGAUCUCGACACCACCUACAAACGGGACUUUAACCCGCACCCAGCGCAGCCCGUGGCGAUAGUCCGGCCCCUGGAGAGACGACACGUUAAGAAAGGGAAGCUGGACACUCUCCCCACCUACAAAGAUGAUUACAGAGCUUGGGCCCUUCAGAAAAGCGACCUCUAUAAACCGGAGCACACGUACCGGCCCCCGGCGGUGAAAUUCGGAAACCCCACCACCUUUCAGGACGACUACGUUCCCCGGGCCGCGCGGCCCCGGCAGAGCUUCAAACCGGGGGCCGUGGCCCCGCGCCCCGCCGCCCCUUUCCAGGGCCUCACCAGCCACCGCCUGGACUUUGUGCCUCACGAGCUCGGACCCGCGCCCGCGCCUGCGCAGCCGAGACACGUUUACCGGCCCAGCUCCCAGCCCUUCCAGGGCCUCACCACGCACCGCUGCGCCUUUCAGGGGCUCGGGGGCGCAGCUGCCAAGGCCUGCAGGCCGGCCCCUGCCAGGGGGCCCCCCCGCGCGCCGUUUCAGGGGCGCACCGAAUUCCGGGACAGUUUCCAGCCCUGGGAGGUCCCACCCCGCCAGGUCAAGCCGGCGCAGGCGUACGCCCCGCCGGCCGGGGCCAUGCAGCUGGACAGCACGAGCCGCCUGGACUACGUGCCCCACCAGGCCCCUCCCCGCGCGGCCCCCAUCCGGCCCGCGUCUCAGCGGAGAGAGAAGCGCCCCUUCCAGGGGAGGAGCGCAACCCAGGAGGACUUCCCGGAGUGGGAGGCCUAUCGCCCCCGGGCCCCCGUGAAGCCGCAGCAGCAGAUGCCCGUCCUGUCCUCGGGGACGUUCGACGGGGUGAGCACCUUCCAGUCCCACUACGUGCCCCACGAGCUGGUGCCCACGGCGAGCUGCAGGCCGGUCCAGGCCCCGGUGCACAGCUCCAGUCCGUUCCAGGAGGAGACCUCCUACUCCACCGAGUUCGCCCCCAAGAAGCGGGAGGUCUGCCCGGCCAGCUACCCCUCCCCGCCGGGGUACGUCUUCGAAACGACCAACUCCCGGGGCCACCAGUUCUUCCGCAAGAUCGCGCCCUCCUCCUCCUCCUCCAGGCAGGCCUCCUAGCUUGCCGGC